CUCAUAUCAUUAUCAUUUCACACAAAAUUUACAUAUUGAAAAUGACUAGUACUCACCAUGAAAUAGUAGCUAUUGGCAAUGAGAAAGUAGCCUCAGCAAGUUCUAAACUACACGACGAGUUGAUGAAAAACAAGACGAAUGAACAGCCCAAACCGAUAGUAAGGAGGAGAUCAGACCGUGAGAGAGGCCAACAGACGAAGAUUCAAAAAGUUCCUCAAGUGCUUAGAGAUGAAUACAAGGGUUUGGAGAAGUACUACGACCCAAAGUGGAUAUCAAUCGGUCCAAUCCAUCAUGGCAACCCUAAAUUCAAGCUCGCCGAGCAAAAAUUCAAGUUCAAAUUCGCAGCUAAAUUUGUCGAAAACAGCGGUCAACAAUCCCACGAGCAACUUUACAAAACAAUAAUGGAAAAAAUUGAAGUGUUGAAGGAGUGUUUUGACGAAGAAGUGCUCGAAAACUAUUUCAACAAAAAAGAUCAUGACGACGAAUCGUUGGGGUGGAUGUUGUUCUUGGAUGGAUGUUUCACACUCCAAUUCAUUUACAGCACUGUUCAAAACGAGUUAAGCGAUUUAUUUGACAUUAAAAAUGACCAAGUUGCUUUUGUUUUUCAUGAUUUUUUCUUGCUAGAGAAUCAAAUACCAUAUCUUGUGCUAAAAUUGUUGAUGGAGAAUUGUAGCAAAGGUGGUGGUUUUGUCAACAAAUUGCAAAAUUCCAUAUUGAUGUUUCUUACUUAUAGUGUGUUGACACCUGAAAAGUAUAGAAAGGGUAUGAUGGUUCUUCCAACUGAGAUGCCUGUCCAUCUUCUUGAUUUUCUACGUUUGUUACUUCUUCAACCAACUCAUCCACAAAAGACAAAAAGGUCACUAUCAUCAUCACUAUAUCAUUAUUAUGACAACAUACUAGGUUGUUUGCUACCUCAACAACUCAAAUACAAACUCACUACUCCACCAUUAUCUUUGGAUAAAGUAGUACCUCCUCAACUCAAUGCAAAGAAAAACGAAGACGAGCAAAAGCAACAGACUUUUCGUAGUGUGAUGGAUCUUAAGGCCGCAGGAAUAAACUUAAAUCCGAGCAAGAGUAGCUCUUUGAAAGACAUAAGAUUCUCUUCGGGUCUCUUCACAGCUGACCUAGAAUUGCCACCGAUCACAGUUGAUGACUCGAUGGCUCCUAAAUUCUUAAACCUAAUCGCCUACGAAAUGUGUCCAGACAAUACCAAGACCAAGUACGAAGUGUCAUCAUACAUAAGUUUCCUAGACUCGCUCAUUGAUUAUCCAAACGACGUGAAAGAGUUGAGAUCUUCUCAUAUCCUUCACAACCUUCUUGGUUGUGACAAAGAAGUUGCAAAACUUUUUAAUGAGAUGGGCAAAUUCCUUGUUCCAAACCAUGAGGUGUAUGAGAAUGUGAUAAAUGAAAUAGAGAAGCACUAUCACAACAAAUGCUUGACUUGGAUUGCUCAAGUUUUGAAUGAUCAUUUUAGUACUCCUUGGACUAUUGUCACAUUUCUGGCUGCAUUUUUGGCUCUUGGUAUGUCUUUUAUCCAAACUUAUUACACCAUCUAUCCUAUGGGAGAUUGAGAAAUGUGAUAUGUACUUAUGUGCACUCAAAUAUUACAUACAAUGAUGUGACAGUAUUUUUUAAAAAAUGUGACUGAUUAAAAAAUUGUCACGUUACUUUGUAUAAUGUUUGAGCGUAUAAUUUGUCACAUAUCCUUACUCGAUAGACCUUCAAGAUCACACCGCCGUAUCAGACACGUGUUACAUUUAUUUAUUUUUCAUAACAUGAUUGGUUUUUUUGUUUUUUGUCAAAGUUUAUUUUCAAAAAAGGAAUUGAUUAUUCCUAAUAAUAAUUUGUGAGCAUAUGUACUUUUGUACAUUAUGCAGUCAAUAAUUUGUAAUUUGGAUUUUGAGUUUGCUAAUUUACCUCCUUUGUGCCCAUAAUUAUUUGUUUAUAAAACUUGUGAUAUUAUUAAUAAUAAUUUUCUC